UACUAGAUAUUGUACUGCUGAGCGAAGAGGACAGACAGGUAAGCUAGCUAGGCAAUCAAUCAUAUUCGCUCUCCAAAAUGAAGGGAUCGAUCAUCUCACAAACAAAAACGUGAGGGAUGAAGGACAAGGACAAGAAAUAGGUGAAGCUAUCUACUUCUCGAUGCAUCUAUGUACGGAGGCGGCGGUAACACGGCGGCGGCUGCUGCUGCUUCUUCUUCUCCUGGUCACCUGCAGCUGCCUGUCUGCGAGAGAGAGAAGCAAUAGCAGCAGCAGCAGCAGCAGGAGAGUGGUGAGGCAUCUCCCGGGGUUCGAUGGGGCGCUCCCCUUCGAGCUGGAGACCGGGUACGUGGAGGUGGACCGCAUCGCCGGCGUGCGCCUCUUCUACUACUUCAUCCGCUCGGAGAGCAGCCCGGCCGACGAUCCCCUCUUGCUCUGGCUCACCGGCGGGCCAGGCUGCUCGGCCUUCUCCGGCCUCGUCUACGAGGUCGGACCCCUCACCUUCGAUGUCCAUGGCCAUGGACAUGGACAACUGCCAAGGCUCUUGUACAAGCCGGAGUCGUGGACCAAACGUACCAACGUCAUCUUCCUCGACUCCCCUGUCGGAACUGGCUUUUCCUACGCUGACACCGACGCCGGAUUCCGCACCGGCGAUACCAUUGCUGUCCACCACAUUCUCGUCUUCCUCAACAACUGGUUUCAGGAGGUGCACCCCGAUUUCCUCUCCAAUCCUCUAUACAUCGCCGGCGACUCCUACUCUGGGAUGAUUGUGCCGGCUGUCACCUUCGGAAUCGCCACUUCAUCACCCAAACCAUCUCUCAAUCUCAAGGGCUACCUUUUGGGCAAUCCAGUCACUGAUCACAACUUCGAUGCUCCAUCCAAAAUUCCAUUUGCCCAUGGGAUGGGUCUCAUAUCUGACCAACUGUAUCAGGCAUACAAGAAGAGCUGCAGUGUCAAGCACAACACCCAGCAGCAAAGCGUUCAGUGCACAAAUACUCUUGAUGCCAUAGAUGAGUGUGUCAAGGACAUAUACGGAAAUCACAUUCUGGAGCCUUACUGCACUUUUGCAAGCCCGCAUAAUCCGCGCAUCGAUAAGCCAUUCACUUCAGGGGUACGGCAGAUACUCCAACUCCAAGACUUUCACUUGUCUGAGAUUUCUUCAGAAUGCAGAACGGCAGAAUAUACAAUGUCCAGAAUAUGGGCCAACAAUGAUACAGUAAGAGAGGCCCUUGGAAUUCACCAGGGAACAGUUCCUUCGUGGCAAAGAUGCAACUACGACAUUCUGUACACUUAUGACAUCAAAAGUUCAGUAAGAUACCAUCUGGAUUUGACAACUAGAGGCUACAGAAGCCUAAUUUACAGUGGUGAUCAUGACAUGAUUAUCCCUUUCAUCGGCACGCAAGCCUGGAUUAGAUCUCUGAAUUUCUCUGUCGUGGAUGAGUGGAGACCAUGGUUUGUGGAUGGACAAGUUGCAGGAUAUAUAAGGUCAUACUCCAAUAACCUCACAUUCGCAACUGUCAAGGGUGGUGGACAUACUGCUCCAGAAUACAUGCCAAAGCAAUGCCUUGCUAUGCUUGCAAGGUGGGUUUCUGGCAAUCCUCUUUGACGAUGGUGCAUAUAUGUGUAAGAGAAAAUUCCAGGAUGGAGAUAUUACAUCACAAGAAAUUUAUGAUUUUGCUAAAAUUGUGGCGACAUUUUUUUCCCCAUCACGGUUGAAUGCUUUUCUCUUGGGUUGCGGCGGAGACUAUACUCGCGCGUGUAUUAUAUAUGUCUGUUUCUUCACGAAGUGCAUGAAGAUUUGUCCCAUGUGUAAGAUCUGGAGAGUGAGAACAAAACAUGGUUCAAUACAGUGCAAAUGAUGGAUCGAAGAGCAUACUCCUACACGUCAAUGUAAAUAGACAUGUAACAUUUUAUUACGCCGUCAGUGUGGCCCCCAGUUUUGUACACCGGAAAUCCAAUGUGUUUUACGAUAUCAUUCUCUGAAUCAUCAGUACUUAUUUGUAUAAAGCUAGAUUUCAUAAUUCAUUUUACAACCCUA